AUAUGUUAUCAGUUGUAUUGUGGUGCGGAUGCUUAUUUGCGCGAAGAAAGUUUUCUCAACUGAAGUUUUCUCUAUCGGUUUCAUGUACAUUGCUUGAAGAAUGUUUAGCUUGUCUCGCCCUUGAAAAAAUAUUAUUUUGAAGAAUAAGCUGCUCUUGACAAAUUCAUGAUUAUCUCUAUGCCUGGCGUAGAUACCAGACAUACGAUGACACCUUCAACAGAAUGCUCCUGUUGUCCAUAUGGAUUUCACAUUGACAGAGAUUUUGUUAGAUACUGUGAUUCCUUAUACAACAGUACUCAACUGGAUAAAUUACGCCAACAUAAGAGAGAAAGAAGAAAAGAAAAGAAAUCAGUGGAGUCUUAUUUGGGCCUUGGGCGAAUAUCACCAUUUGAGCAAAAUGAUAAGAAUCAUCAUCAACAUGCAAUUUUACCGAGUACUACUACUGAUACUGCUUCAGCACAAAAUUUCUAUUUGCACAGCGAUGGUUUGAAAGAUGCUGUAGUUGAUUUUGAAGAUACUUGGCAGAAAACCUUAAGGAAAGGGCCCAGUUCUUCAAUUGGUAAUGAUAAAAGUAAUUACUACAAAACCAGAUUUGAAACUGCUACUACAGAACAGAAUUUAUUUCCUGUUAAAUCUUCAGGAGAAAUCAAAGAAUCGCAUUCAAUACCUUGUGUGAAAUCUAGAAGUAGUUCAACAAGUUCCAUUUCAUCUCAUUCCACUGCAGUUUCAAACACUAGUGCACUUGGUUACUUUGAUGGUUUUUCUAGAGCAUCUGAUGUAGAUCAAUGGAAUAAUUCAAGUUUGUCAAAAUCUUCUGCAACAUUACCACACACAAUGGGAAUACAUAAAUCAAUGCUCACAAAUAUCAGAGAACAAAUGGCUUCAAGUUUGUGCCGCAUGAAAGAGUUAGAAGAUCAAGUUAAAUGUAUCCCUAUUUUACAGGUAAAAUUGUCUGCUUUGAAAGAAGAAAAAAAAGCCCUUUUAAAGCAGCUAAGUUUGAAGGAAAGUCUAGAUUCUAAAAGCAAGACACUGAAAUUUAGAGUUGACUUGGGAGUACAGUUGAAGAAAUUGGAAAAUCAAGGCAUUAUGUCUCCAACUAUGUCUAGAAAGUUUCUAAUGACUAGUCACAGCUUAGAUGAUUUAUCUUCUCCUGCAAUUGCCUCAUCUUUAGAUGCCACAUUGUCAAAUCAAAAUUCAGACAGAAAUGCACCCUUUAAAAAAGUGGAAAUUUCCCAUGAAAACAUUUCAGUAAAAUCAAAGCAAUUUAAAAGUAUAGGCACAUCAUGCUCUGUUUUAACUAGAGAUAUUGGUGUUGGAUACGUUCCCUGCAAAUUUAAGUCUGUAGCUGUAGGCUGUGAUUUUUCAGUUAGUGAUAAUUUGAAAUAUUUCAAAUCACGGUGUUUAGAAAAAAGUAUUAGUGUGUCCUCUGAGUCACUGGACAGUGAUUUAGAUUCUCUUGGAGGUGUAAGUAAUAUUGAAAAUUCUAUUCCCCAGUAUUAUGGAACUGUGAAUGGACAAAUAAUAGUGCCACUUGCUACUCUUAAACCAUCAGCUACAGUUGCUCCUUUAAAGUGUUUUGUUGAUUCAUCCACAAAUACAGAUGUGAAAUACAUUAACAAAAGUAUUAACACAGAAAAUGCUGAAUCAAAAUUCAAAGAUUUAAGAAAUAGUGUGACAUUUAAAAAUAAAAGCAUACUUGCAGUUCCAUAUGUGUGUGCCAAAUCUGUACAAGCAUCAGAUGUAAAAUUCAGUAAAAGUGUUGGUGUUCAAGUAUUCUUAGAGGAAAAUAUAAUCAAAAACAAAACAAAUGGAGAUUUCCAUUCUUUGACUCGUUCUAGUAUGAGUGGAGGUGACUUAAGUAUUAAUAAUAGUCGUCUUAGUUGUGAAAAUACCAAAAAAGCAACUGCAGUUGGAGACUAUGAUGUAAGAGUUUCUUUGUGUGAUAAAUGUACAUCUGUUCAAACAAUUUCCACUGCAUCUGGACCAAAUCAUUCCUAUAAUGCUUCAACCCUUUCUUACUGUGAUAAAUGUCAACAAGAAAAAGUAUUUCAAAACCAAAGUGAAUCGAAGUUUAAGACAAUUGGUAUCAAUACUAAUAUGGAACUUCCUAGUAGUUUAAAUGUUUCAAAUAAUGAUAUUCAAAUCUGUGAUAAAUGCAGUGCUACUAUUCAGUGUGUAGCUAAAGAUCUUGCUGCUGAUACAGUGGACUCGAAAAUUCCGAAACUCAAUUUAAGUUUUACAUCAUCUAAAAAUAUAAAUAAAAUGUCUCUGUCCAAACCUAAAACUCAAUCAGUAAAGCCAUUACAAAUAAGAAGAUCAAGCAGAGAGAAAACAUUUCAAGCAAAUUUUAUGGAGAAUAAUGCACAAGGGCAAGAUGAAAAACCUCAUGAUCAAAAAAACUAUGCGGAUGAAAAAACAAGUGAAGACAACAGUGAAAUAGAAUUGAUGUCACCUGUAACUGAAAUACUGCCAGAUUUUACAGAUUUACCUGCUCUUCCGCGAAAAAAAGUGCAACUGGGUAAAGAAAUCCUUGCUGCAUGUAAAGUUUUGAAUGAUAAUCUUCAGAAACCAGAAGGUGGAAAUGAAAAAAAAACAUUAUCAAGCUUGAACAUCAUCCAAAGAGAAUGGUUUAAAAUUGCUAAUCAGAAGAAUGCUGAUCCUCUGCUCAUAGAAGAUUACUUGGAUGCAUUUGAAGAAUUUUCUAAGCUACUAUUGCAUCGCAUAGUGAACCUUUCUGAUACUAAUGGCAAUACAGCUCUUCAUUAUGCUGUUUCUUAUGGAAAUUUUGAUGUUGUAAGCAUUUUGAUAGAUUCUAAAGUAUGUGAUGUUAAUAAGAAAAAUAAGGCUGGUUAUACUAGCAUAAUGCUAGUUGCUUUAGCAGACAUGAGAAGUGACACACAUCAUUAUGUUGUGCAAAGACUUUUUAGUAUAGGAGAUAUAAAUGAAAAAGCAACACAGAAUGGACAAACAGCACUCAUGUUAGCUGUUAGCCAUGGUAAAAAAGACAUUGUAAAAAUUUUACUUGACGUUGGGGCUGAAGUGAAUCUGCAAGACAAAGAUGGAUCUACUGCAUUAAUGUGUGCUGCUGAACAUGGUCAAAUUGAAAUUGUAAAGCUUUUGCUUUCACAUUCUGACUGUGACCCCACCAUUUUAGAUAAUGAUGGCUGUAAUGCUUUAACUAUUGCUAUGGAAGCAGGACAUAAAGACAUUGGGCUCUUGAUUUACACUAAUAUGAACUUUUCACGGGGAAAUUCUCCUUAUUCCACUCUUAAGUCUCGGAAAAGAUCAACACCUCCUCCUAGAACUCCAACCCUACGUACACCACCACUACCCAGUCCAUCAGCAAGAUCAACAAGUUCUUUAUCAUCAUUCCAGUUUCUCAAUUGAUGCAAUUAGUUGCUUCAGACAGUUAGUCAAUUAUUGGUGUCCUCCAUCUUUUAAAGCCUUAAUUGUUCAACAUUUUGAAGACAAAUGUACAGAUAUUUUUAAAAGUUAGCUUUUUUUGGUAACUUAUGUCUGAUUCAGUGUUAUUGUGCAGUAACAAAAGAAUUUCACCCUAAAUUAUAGGGUUAAGUUUAGUAAUAGCAAAAUCAAACUUAGAUGGUUGGUUUUGGAUGCAUUUUGAUGAUAAUUAUUUCUUUUAGUUACUAGGUUCUGUUUUCCCAGCAGUUUAUUUACUUUUUUCUCCCACAUUCAAAUAUUUUCAUCAACAUUAUGGUGCUUAAUAUAUAUUUUAUGAACUGAAUUAACAUUUGCAACUUGGAGAGAGAGUUUAAAAUCGUUGAAUUCUUAAAUAUCUACACACAAAUUGCUUAAUCCUUGUUGUUUUUGUAAUGUUAAGUACAUGUCUCAAAUAUCGCCUAUAUUAACAUUUUCUAUGUAUUGCAGUCUCUUGGCAUGGAAUAAAAGUAUAAUGAAUUAUUAAUGAAUAAAAGUUAUAUGUCACUAAGACCUAUUAUUCUUAAGUUUCCAGAGAUUAAAUUUCUUUUUUUAACUGGUGCCACCUUAACUAAAUUUCUAACUGUAAAUUCCUAAUAUAGCCUGUUCUUGUUCCUAUCUAACAAGUCAAAUUAGAAAUACCUGUAAAAAAUGAGCUGCAAGGAGAGCAUAUAAUUUCUUCAUGAGCAUGUAACUUCAUCUUUCUUACAAAACCUCUAACAAACAUUUUAAACAGCAUUUUGUAGUUGCUUUAACUGAUAUUUGGAACACCUACUCUACUACAUUGUGCUCUUACACUGUUUCUAAAACUUAUAAUUAAAAAAAUAUUGGUGCAAAACCCUUAUCCAUAAUAAAGAUUCUAUGUCAUAAAGUAACUAGCAUUCUUUCUGUAAAAGAAUGUUAAAACUUAUUUUUUAGUCUUGUACUAUUUUUGAUUGAAAAUAAAGCUAUUGUUACUAUGUUCUUGGAAUGUAUGAUAUUUGCCA